CGUUCUGCAUACAGAGCAGAUGGCGACGGUUAUAAAAGCCCCGCAUGGAGCGUCUCUGCACCGGAGAUCCACCGCGACAGCAUGAGUCACAGCAUGGAUAACAGACUCGACUUCCCGUACAAAACAAAACGUUCGGCGUUAGAUACCAGUGUCGUGUUUAGGGGGACGUCCACAGGCAUGAAUUUUGGAAACCCGCCAUCUGAAAAGUUUAAUGAGAAGGAAUUGAUGCAUGGCUUAAACGAUCGUCUCGCAGGAUUCAUAGAUAAGGUGCACCACCUGGAGUACCAGAAUCAUCUGCUAGAGAGAGAAAUUGAGGAGCUCAGAGGGAAAGCGAAACCCGCAUCUUGUUUGGAGGAGGAAUAUGGACCAGAGCUCAGGAAACUGAGGGAGCUGGUUCAGGAUAUCACUCAUCAGAAGCAUCAGAUUGAAAUUGAGCAUCAGAAUUUAGAGGACCAACUGUCCAACUUGAAAAGACAACAUGACCAGGAGGCGCGCAGCAGAUCAGACGCAGAGAGCAACAUUGUGGUCCUCAAGAAGGACAUCAGUGACGCGUAUCAGGCUAAACUACAGCUGGACAAGAAAGCCCAGGCUCUCGUGGAUGAAAUCCACUUCCUGAAGGAAACACAUAAGGCUGAGGUGUCAGAAAUGUUUGACCAAAUCCAGGAUGCGCAGGUGACUGCCAAGGAGCAUGAAUUUGGCAACCCCGGCGUCACUGCGGCACUCCGGGACAUCAGGGCACAACUGGAAGGUCAUACAGCGUCCGGCGUCCAGCAGGUAGGAGAAACUUUCCGAUCUCAGUUUGCGAGAUUAACGGAGGCAACUGAGACCAAGAGAAAGGCUUUGAAAGCGACCCAGCAAGAGAUUCAGGAGUACAGGAGGCGCUUGCAGGCCAAGAAUAUCGAACUGGACUGCGCUAAAGGCACAAGGGAAGCGCUGGAGAGGCAACUUCAUGACGUCGAGGAUCGCCACAAGGAAGAAAUGAUUCAUUACCAGAACACAAUCAAAGAACUUGAAAACGAGCUCAUAAACUGCAAGUUUGACAUGUCUGGGUACCUGCGGGAAUACCAGGACCUGUUAAAUGUGAAGAUGGCUUUGGAUGUAGAGAUACUGUCUUACAGGAAACUUCUCUGCGGUGAAGAGGCUCGGCUAUCCACGAUGUCAGACACCAACAUGUCUUUGCCCUACAUCUACCACCAGUCCCCCGUUUACACCCUGCCUUGCCUCAGCCGACCGGGAGGCCCGCGCAGACGCGCUGAGCCCCAGUACAAGUUUGUAGAGGAGAUCAUAACGGAGACCACCAGGGAAAUUGAGAUGUCAGAAUUUGAGGAGACAGGGUCGGAGGAGACAGAGGUGGGAAAGGACGAGCAGGAGGCUACCAAAAGAGAGAGAGGGAGCAGUGAGGAAGAGAAGGAUAAUAAAGACAGUCGAGAGGAGGAAGGUGAGCUGGUGUCUGACAGUGAGCAGAAUCAAGUAGGGACUUCAGUGAAUGGAGGCGAUGAUGGGAGUCCUGGGGAGGUGGAUGAUGGUGAAAAAGGUCAGAAAAGUAAAGACGAGUCAGAUGAGAGUGAAGCAGUUGACAACGAAGAGGACAGUGGCAAAGACAGAAAUACUCAAAGCAAAGUUUUAUUAAGUGAGAGCCUCGAUGAGGAAGAAAAUGAGCAAUGUCAAAAAGUAGCUGAAAACACAGAACAAGAGAAAGAAGCUGCAGUGACAGAUCUCUCCGCAAAACCCGAUAAGUUAAAGCCAGAGGUCCCUGCGGAGGAUGGAAUUGUGAAAAAAUCUGAUGCUGGUAAAAAAGGAGAUGCUGAGAAAGCUUGUUUUAUCUCAGCUCAAGCAAAGAAGCCUGAUGAGACCUCGACCCAAGUGUCAGACAAAACUCAAGAGCAAAGCAGCAUUGUUCAAUUGCAAGACAAGGUUCCUACUUUGGCUUCAGAAACAGCUGAGGAAUCCACAGAUCUGACAGCAGAGACAAAGAGCUCUCUAACCGCAGAGGCAGAGGAGCUUUCAGAAAAGGCUCAAGCACCUUCAAGUACAAAACCCAAGAGUGAGGAAAAGGAAGACAGUGAAAGAGCGCCAACGGAAACACGUAAAUCCGAAGCAAAAGGUGAUGAUAAAGUAGUAAAAAGCCUUCAAGAUGCCGGCAAUAAAGGCCAAGAUGAAGAGUCAUCUCUCAAAUGUAAUGUAAAAAAUGUUCCUAUAGAGGAGGACCAGAUGCCAAGCGGUGGGGAGAAAACCCAAACAGGCCAAACUACAUUGCCAAAGGAAAAGACAACGGUCAAUUCAGGAAUCAAAGAAUUACUUCAGGGGGCACUAGAGAGCAGCCAGGGUCAGAAAUCAAAGCUGUCUGAAGUGACAGAGAAAAUAAACGAUCCUCAAGGUAAAACCGAGAAGGUGGAAAGUAGUAAGUUAGGGAAAUGAUAAGGAAAGAGCCAAACAGAUUGGGCUAUCCACUGACGAGGAAGUGAGGAUGAAGGACAUUUACACCUUACAUUUGAUGAGACAGCAGUUUAUAGGCAAAUAUCAGGGAGAGUGAAGCUGAAAAUAGAGAAUGGCUUAACUAAUGCAGGUGCAAAUUAAAGGCAUAAGCUGAGCCAAGCCAAGACAAGGAAGCUCAGAGCUGUGGCUUCUCUUCAGAACGGUCAUUUUAAAAGGAGAGAGCAUGAUUCUUCUACUGCAACAGCUUUGCCUUCGAACUUGAAAAUCAACUUGCGAUGUUUUCCAAUCUUUGGACUCACCACUUAACUCAUUUAAUCACGAAUGUAAAAGAUGCAAAGUUACU